UAUAAAAUAAAAAAUUAUGAGGGACGGACGGUCGAGAUGAGGAUAAGGAAAUGUGACGAAAGCGUAAGAUCCGGCGAAAGGGAGAGAUCCAUGCCCGUUGUCUGAUUCAAAAACGGAAGAUGCUUUAGAAUAUCCUCCUUUUCUCUCUUUCAUCACAAUUACUUUUGUCGUUAUCUAUAUUAAUUCACCAUAAUCUCCAUCCUUCAUCCUGCUCCUCCUCCUUUCCGUUGCUUUCCGAUUACUUCUUUUCCAAAUUUAAAAAAUCCCAACAUGUCUACUGAUCACACUGUUUUCGACUCCGAACAUCUCAUAGAAAAGCUUCAGAUUUUCAGGAUUCAUGGCAAAGAUAAACAUGGCAACAAAAUCCUUCGUAUCAUCGGGAAAUUCUUGCCUGCUCGAAAUUUGAGUGCUCAAGUUCUGAAGAAGUAUUUGGAGGAAAGAGUUUAUCCCAGAUUGGCGAAGAAGCGUUUUGCGAUAUUGUAUAUACACACCGGAGUUCAAAGAAGCGAGAAUUUCGUGGGAAUUUCUGCUUUGCGAUCGAUUUACGAUGCUAUUCCCAGCAACGUUAAAGAAAAUCUUAAAGCGGUUUACUUUGUUCAUCCGGGUUUGCAGGCCCGCCUCUUUCUUGCCACCGUCGGCCGUCUUUUCUUCCAUGGAGGGCUGUAUGGGAAGCUGAGGUAUGUGAGCAGGCUUGAUUAUUUGUGGGAGCAUGUAAGGAGAAAUGAGAUUGAGAUUCCGGAGUUUGUGAUUGAUCAUGAUGAGGAUUUGGAGUUUCGUCCGAUGAUGGAUUAUGGAUUGGAGAGUGAUCAUCCGAGAGUCUAUGGUGCACCUUCUCUGGAUUCCCCUGCCGUGUCUAUGUACUCCAUGAGAUGUAUCUCUUAGAAGAUGCAGUAGGGCUGCUGGCUUCUGCCUUCUUUUUUAUCUUUUUUUCCUAAUUACAUUACAUUUGGAGGAAUAAGCCGGGCCCAAAAUUUUGUGUUUAUAGGGUUGGUUUGUUUUAUGUGAAUAUUUUGGAAAAUGAGAUGAGAAAUGCUGAAUCUUCCUUC